AUGGCAUCCCGAUUACAGGUUGUUCUUGACCAGCUUGUGGCUCCUACUCAAUCAGCCUUCGUCCCAGGGAGGUCUAUUUCAGAUAAUAUUUUUAUGGCCCAUGAGCUCUUCAGCUACAUCAACAAGAAGAAGAAGGGGAAGCAGAAGUUUAUGGCCUUAAAGCUAGAUAUGAAGAAGGCUUAUGAUCGGGUGGAAUGGCAAUUCCUUGAGGCAAUUCUCUUAAAGUUUGGUUUCAAUACAAAGUGGGUUUCUUUGGUUCUUAAUUGCCUGCGUUCGGUCUCCUACAAGUUGAUUAUCAAUGGGGCUAUCAAGGGGAAGGUGAUUCCUUCUCGUGGCAUACGCCAAGGGGAUCCUCUUUCCCCGGCUCUCUUCAUUCUUUGUAGUCAAGCUUUAAGUGCUGUCAUUGCCCAUUCAAAUCGCCAAGGGUUGAUUAAAGGAGUCUAUGUGAAGAAUAGAACAGAUCCUUUGACACACCUCCUCUUCGCCGAUGAUUGCUGUCUUUUCUCUGAACUUAAGUUGCAAGAAGUUUUUAAUUUGAAGGACUGUUUGGAGCUAUAUUGUAGGGCUAGCGGGCAGGCCAUAAAUCUCAAGAAAUCAUCGCUUUCCUUCAGCCCUAAUGUGGAGGGUCGCUUCAAGAGGUGGUUUUCCCGUAUUCUGAAAGUAUCUUAUACCAAGGGUCCGUCUAAAUACUUGGGAUUACCUAUUGAUUUUGGGGUCUCCAAAGCAUCCCUUUUCCAAGACUUGGCAGAUAAGGUGGGGCCUCAUUUUUCUGGUUGGAAGAAUAAACUGCUUUCUCAUGCGGGGAAGGAAAUUAUGCUCAAAUCUGUUGCUCUCUCCAUUGGGAACUACACCAACUCCCACUUCAAACUUCCCGCUUCUCACCAUGCUCGGAUUCGUAAGGAAGCCUCUAAUUUCUUCUGGGGGGAUGACUCAAGCAAACAAAAAAUCCACUGGAUUUCUUGGAGGCGCUUAUGCAGAUCUAAAGAAAGAGGUGGGUUAGGUUUUCGAGAUCUGAGUUUACAAAAUAAAGCUCUCUUAUCUCGGAUGGCUUGGAGACUUUGGGCUGAACCAGAUUCGAUGUGGGGGAGGUUUAUGAAAGCUAUAUAUUUUCCUAAUGGAGAUUUCUUAUCGGCUAAAUUGGGUGCUAGCCCCUCUUGGGCUUGGAGGAGUCUCCUUGAAGGUCGAAAAGUGUUGAAAGAUGGUCUGGUUUGGAAGGUUGGAGUGGGUGACUCAGUCCGGAUCUGGUCGGAUAAUUGGAUUCCCUCUCUCCCUAGCUAUCGGGUGCAACACCCACCUGUUGAACCAAACCCCCCUCAAGUGGUAGCGGAGUUGAUCGAUGAGCCCAACAGAUGUUGGAAGGCAGGGAUCCUUGAAAAAUUUUUCCACCCCAGUGAUCGUGAAGCGAUAAUGAUCCGGCUCAGUGUGUUUCCUAAAGAUGAUACCUUGUUGUGGGGUGCUGACAAGAAGGGUGAUUAUUUGGUGAAGAGUGCUUAUCAUCUAUUGUCAAAUCAAAGAGAGGCUCGUGAGGCAAUAGCUCCCUCUUCCGGGAAGUCACAUUCUUGGGAGGUUGUGCCAUCUAUUGUUUGGAAGAGAAUUUGGUCCAACCACACCAUGCCCAAGAUUAGAACCUUUAUCUGGAAUGACAUAGCCUUUGGAAGCAGAUCUUGGACAGGGGAGGAAGUUGUAAAAACAGCCCAAAAAGCUUGUGGUGAGCUCUUGGAUGCUUGCAACAACCAAGCCUCUUCUCGGACUGUUUCUGUGCUUGUCUCCAACCCUCUCUCCUUUGAUGAUGUUGUGAUUGGAGAAGCCUUGGCUAUUCGAAAGGGUCUGUUAGAGGCGAUUUCUGAGGGUACUCUCUCGGUCAUGGUAGAGAGUGAUAGUUUGCAGGUCAUUUCUUAUCUCCAGGACCCGUUGAAGCCGGCUGAUUUGAAGGUGGCACCGAUCCUGGAAGAUAUUAGGCACAUCGUGUCUUACUUGGAUGUUUGUAGUUUUGUCUUUAUUUCAAAGGCUGCUAACUCUAUUGCAGAUUCCCUUGCCAGGAGGGCCCUAUCUGUUUCGGGAAUGAUGGUUUGGCCCAUUUCCGAUCCCUGGUUAGCUGAGGUUACUGUCUCAGACACCAAGAGUUCCUCCCAUUCUCUUCAAUAA